AUGGCAAAAACUUCACUUGCAUUCUUUCUGCUCGUCUUCAUUGUUGCUAUCUCAGAAUUCUCGACCGUGAAGGGGAAAAUAUGUGAAAAGCCGAGCAAGACUUGGUUUGGAAAGUGUCAGGACACGACUAAAUGUGACAAACAAUGCAUAGAGUGGGAGGAUGCAAAGCAUGGAGCUUGUCACGAACGUGAAUCAAAAUUAAUGUGUUUUUGCUACUACAAUUGUGGUCCUCCUAAGAAUACACCUCCUGGAACUCCGCCAUCACCACCUCCUCCUCCAGGAAGUCCACCACCUCCUCCUGAAGGCGGUCAGCCUCCUCCAGAAGGUGGUCAGCCACCUCCAGAAGGCGGGCAACCUCCACCAGCUGAAGGCGGACAACCUCCACCAGCUGAAGGCGGACAACCACCUCCUGCUUAA